AGGGAAUCAAGGUAAGAGAGAGAGAGAGAGCGCGCGAGGUGGGAAAACAGCAAGAUAAAAACAAACCUUACACUUUUCCUCUUUUCUCUCCUUUUAAGACUCAAAUUAAACUGUGUUGCUUUCUCUGUUUUUGCUGCAUCAGAGAUUCUCUCCAAACCCUUUCAGGUCAAAGAGGGAAAAAAAAAAAAAAAUUAAAAAGAAAAGUUUGGUAAUGAAAUGAGAAAGGAGGAAGCACAGCUCAUGGCAUAUAUUCUCAUCCCAACAUAACCCCACUUAAUGUUUCCAGAUAUGGAGUGAGAACAUAGGACACUCCAACAACAACUCCAAUUUAUAAAAGAGAAACUACAGCCUGAGCCUGCCACAUAUUCAAAACCCAUAUAAUCUUAAAAAGAGUCUAAAACCCAUAUUUAUGCUUCUGUUUUCCAUCUGUUUCUUUUCUACAAUUCACUUAUUAUUUUCCAGAAUAUGCAAAAUCAGAAUAUGAAUUUGGUCUUAUCCACUGAUGCAAAACCCAGACUGAAAUGGACUCCAGAACUUCAUCAAAGAUUUGUCGAAGCAGUAAGUCAGCUUGGAGGUGCAGAUAAAGCCACACCAAAGAGCCUAAUGAGAGUGAUGGGUAUUCCAGGACUCACUUUAUACCACCUAAAGAGCCAUUUACAGAAAUAUAGGCUGGGGAAAAGCCAACAGUCCGAAAACUGCUCUGACCGUAAGCAAGAAGAUUUCAAAGAGAUUCAGGACGGUGAUGUGCAUUUCAAUGCGGAAAUCAACGAGAGAACAGAGAACCAGAUUAACGAUAGCUUGCAGAUAGCUCAGGCUCUACAGUUACAAAUGGAAGUACAGAGGAAACUUCAUGAACAGAUUGAGGUUCAGAGACAUCUGCAGCUAAGAAUUGAAGCUCAAGGGAAAUAUUUACAGUCAGUACUGAAAAAGGCACAGGAAACUCUUGCUGGGUAUAAUUCUUCUUCUAUGGGUGUAGAACUGGCAAAAGCCGAACUCUCUCAAUUAGUAUCAAUGGUUAACUCUGGAUUGCCUAGUUCUUCACACUCUGAAUUAACAGAUAGAAGAGGUUCAAGCCUAAAAAACUUGGAAAGUAAGCAAAUGAGAGGCACAAUAUGUUCCAUGGAAAGUUCCCUAACAUCUUCUGAAAGUUCAGGGCGAAAAGAAGAGGAUCAACCAAUGGAUCAAAAUGGUGAACCCCACAAGUCUAACAUGGCCUCCGUCGAACUACAAUUGAUCGAGGUUCAUCCAGAAUAUAAGCCAUGGAAUAAUGUUCCAAGCAAUCAGGCAAGCGGGAGGAAGAGAAGCGGAAGUACCAUCUCUGAUGGCAUUUGUGUUGAGCAACCAGUUCCAAAGAGAUCACCAAACCAUAGAGACAAAAACACUAACCAUAUGAGAAAAUCAGGAUUCCUGGAAACACUUGACCUGAAUAGUCAAUAUCAGAAUGACAUUGAUUCAGGUCCAAAAGCAAUAGACUUGAACUGCAAGGGGGUAUAGAAAACUCAAUGUGUACCUAGGAAGUUCUGGAAACCUGGAUUGGAUAACAUCUGGGUUCUAGUUAUAUGGUCCAUCCUGCAAACUUGAUUUUUGGAGUUAAAAUCUUUUGUUUGUAAACCUGUACAUUGUAUAUGUCUGGACCAAGGACUUCUGGAAGAAUAUUCAUAUCAAAGGAAGGUAUAAUAUAUUUUGCUUUGGAUA